GGUAAUCCGUUCACUAAACACAGGUUUUUGUUGGAAAAUCUUCACCAGAGGGGCGGGGGGUAUGAGUUGGCCCUCUGGACGACAGUUCUAGUUGUCUGUGUAUUCUUUUUCAGGUACUUCUGAUAACUGAACAAUUUCUUCAAGAUGUUUGGGGAUAGUGAUGGACAAGAUGAAUAUAUGGUACAGCAAAAGGUCAGUUAUCGUAUGUAUGAACAGGAGCAAAAAGUACUGCUCCGGUCCCGCUACCCCUUCCUCUCCCCAGUACAGAUCAGCCGCAAGGUUAAGGAGAGCUGGAACAGACUGAAACAGGAGGCAAAAUUGUCAUACACAAAAUCUGUCCUCGUCAAAACUCCAUCCAAAGAACAGACGAAGGGGACCACCAAAUCGAAGCCUAAGAAACAUAAUGUCAGGGCUAUGGUUGAUGAAGAAACAUGUGAUCUGAUAGGUUAUGAAACAGUGGACUUACCCAUCCAGAAGGCUUCACCUGUUUAUGGUCAACCAAAGAAAAAUGACUCUGUGUACACAAGUGACUUUUACAGUUCACCAAUGGUAUCACCGAACAAUGACAAUAGCCAGGAUACAUUCUGUCCCAAAUUGUUUGAAAGUCCAAACUUUGAGUCUCCACCACAUCGCCAGUUUGACAUAUUCAAUCAGAAGAACUACACCAAAAGCAAGCUUCCUCUCAAAGUUCCCAAAAUCACUCAAAGUGAGCAUUCUACUCAAGGAAUCCUGAAAGGAAGACGGACUGAUGAGACACCCAAAACAAAAGCUGGGAAGGGGAGAGUAAGCUUUUCCACUGAUGGGAAUGACAACUACCAACAGUCACAGGAUUGCAGUGAUGCAGACGACUGUAACCAAGACGAUGACUCUGAAGAUGAUUACAAUGCUAUGCUCAUCAGACGUACAGAUGACUCCUUCGACUUUGAUGACAUUGACCAACACCAUAUGUUUGUGGAAGAAAAAAAACAACAAGGACAGAUUAACACUCAUCCGGUCUUCAACAAGGAAAAAAAAAUGCACAGAGAGGUGUUGAAGUGUGACAAAAGUUUACACAACAAAGAAAGAUUGAGAAUAUAUAAGAAAAUAGAUGGAGGUCAAGAAAAUGAAUAUCAAAGGGAAAGUUCAUUUAAGGAAGCAGAAGAAGGGAAAAAAAUAUUGAAACCAGCAACAUUUGGGAAUACAACAAGAGGAAAGAAAAGGAAAGAGUGUUCAGGAAAAGAAGGUGAGAGACAAGUCAACUAUGGAGAUGAAACAGUGAAAGAUGAAAACCUGGCUGGGAAACCGAAAAGGAAGUCCAGGAAGAUGAGGAAACAGGACAUUUCUGAUGGUAAGGGAGACAAUCAUACAUAUUACAGCUUAUUUGAAAACAGUCUUUCAAAGGGCAAUGAUAGUAGCCAAUCAAAUGACAGUGCUCAUGGUAACAGCCAAUCAAAUGACAGUGCUCAUGGUAACAGCCAAUCAAAUGACAGUGCUAAUGGUAACAGCCAAUCAAAUGACAGUGUUAAUAGCCAACCCUAUAGAAAAUCUUAUUAUUUGACCAAGAAAGAGAUGACAUUGGGGUUAAAACCUAGCUUGACAGAACAGGGUGGUGAUAUAACACCUGUUGUACAGACAGGGGAGAAAACAUAUAUCACACCACAGAUGGAUGAUGAUGUUUACACACACAACCUUCUUGAAGCAUCAAAAUUACCACGGAAGGCACGGCGAUCAUCAAUGUGGAAGGAGAAUUUUCAAAUGCCACCUGAUAACUGUAUUGAUCAAUCAUCUAAGCUUACAAAACAGAAGCGUAGAUCAUCUAGAAAUCUUGCUGGAGAAGAAAAGGCCUAUACAGAGGUGAAAAAAUCUCACGAUACUGUAGAUAGAUUCAUGAAAUGUGAACAGAAAGGUGAGAGUGUACUGUCACCAUUGGUGGAUGCUUCUGGGGAUGCGAAGGAACCAGACUGUUCAUCAGUGUUUAGGAGGACCUUGAGAAGCCAGACAAAAUUGGCAAUUCAAUCGGAAAAUUACGACCAUAAUGACAGCACAAAACUGUCUGACUUGUCCAGUUCUGACUCCUGGACAAUUCUGGAUGAAGAGUAUAAUGCAGAUGACUUGUCGGAGGGCGAGAGUGACUCCCAUCCUAUUGACCAAUCUGAUGCGAGUCAUGCAUUAAUGCAAGCGUUACGUAAGAUGAAGCAGGUGGUGGCAGAUGAGGAGAUUUCGGAUGAAAGGUCAUCCCCAAAGUUGUUAUCUCCGGCUCUUUCUGGAAUCAGUCAGAUGUCAAGUGUGUCUUCCAAUUCCUCUGCUACCAAUUCCCAGUCUUCACCUGGGACCGGACACAUUAUACAGGGACAUGUUUCUUCAGACAAGGCAGUGUCCCAGGGCUUGUGUGAAAUGUUUGGUGACAUGACUCCACCUGAGAAACGGACAUCUCAACACACCCGAAGGUUGCUGGCCAGCUCUAACAGAGAGUCAUCUAGUAACUUUUCACAGCUGUUCAAGACCAAAGACAUUUUCUACUGAAUGUUAAAUCUUCAGCAGAAUUGUAACGUAUCCAAUUGUCUGAACUAAUACUGUUGAAGUAUUUAAGGUUUUGCCAUGAACAGUUCUUCUCCUAACUGCUAUGAGUUGACAUUUGUGGUAACUAAACUGUAAAGACUAGAUCCUCACAAUUUUUCACAGCAGUUUCUGUUUAUACUGUUCAAGGCAACAGAUAUUACAGAAAUGUAUAAGAUGUCAGAAUAUUUAUAGUUCUGAUAGAACUUCUGAAAUUUUACAGUAUUCAAGAAAAUGUAUGAAUGAUUCUGCAAAUAUUCAAGAUUCAGAAUACUGAAAUGUACAGAGUGUCACAAUAUUUCAGAUUCAAGAUAGAACUUCAGCAGCUGAAAUUUGAACGGUUCACUUUCAAAUGAUUCAUAGAUCUAUGUAAGGCAGCAUUAACCCUUUCAGAAAAAAGCCAGACUCCAAAUAUCUAUAGUGCUGCAGUUUUUUAAGUGUGACUUUUCAAAAUCAAACACAUUUGCAACUCUUUAAUACCAGCGGGUAACUAUCCCUACACUAAUGCCAUUUACUACCCACAGGGAUAAGUGAUACACUUCAUGAGAUACCAAAUUACUUAAUUAGUGUAUUGAGCUCAAUUAUGAGAUAAACAAUUUCAUUUGAUGGUUUAUGAAAAUUUCUCAAAUUAAUAUCUUGUAUUCCAUGAUAGCAUAAUUUAUUUUAGUUUUUAUGCCAUCUCCUAUUGUAAAAGUAUGGCAGGACAUGGCAAUGGUGUUUGUCAUGGUUAUAUGUCUAAUGUACUCAAGACAAUAUUACAGCUGAAUUGUACGACUGAACACUUACCGGUAAAAGAAAUGAAUUUAUGCAUGUAUAGAACGAUAUGAUUCCUGUGUAGACAAUAAUCCUCACUAGUGCUACCAAUGACCUUAGCCCAGUCUUUGAUCCUUAAACCUAUGAUGGUUCAAGGAUCAGACUGGUUUUAAGGUCGAUGGUAGAACUAGUAGCAUUUCAAUUUAACUUCUAGUCAUUUUAUAAUAUCAAUUGUAUGUCCUUUAACAUCUAUUGAUACAUGUUCUUUAAUUUCUAGUCUAUUUUAUUGUGAUGAAAUCAGUGAUUUAACCGUCCAUGUUUUUGCAAUACAAUGUACAUUAUUGAUUAAUUAACAGUAAUAAUGUUUAAUGAAGAGUUGAUUACUAGAGUUGAGUUUUGUUUAAUGCAACAUGCUUAAUAAUGCAGGCAUUGUUAUUGCUGAACACAGCAAAAUUGAAUGCAGCCAAGAAUUUUGAAGUUUUUUUCACCAAAUUAAGGCCAUUUCUUGUAUAAAGUUAUGUUGUUGUAGAUUUAGUUUAUUGUUUUAUGUUUUCUUAGAAUAAAUUGCUACAUUCAUCAUAGAGUGCAACAAUUGUUACACCCAUCUUUUUUGGGGAAUCGCAUGAUCAUUACAGGACAAUUUUAUCAAGUUGUGGACACUCAAAAUUCUCAUAUAGACUAGAUGACCAAUUCUUUUUCUGAAUUUGCUCUUUAACGAAACAGUAUGGGAAUUUGUCAUUGAUUUUCUAGUCAAGCCACCUGUUUACCAAAUUAGUAUUGACUCCUAGUCUAAGUUUUCUCUUUACCAAAAUCAGCAUUGACUUCAAGUUUUGUCUGGUGUUUACCAAAUCAGCAUUGACUGCUAGUCUAUUAAGUCUACUGUUUAACCAAAUCGGCAUCGACUCCUAGUCCAAGUCUGCUCUGCUGUUUACCAAAUCAUCAUUGACUUCUAGUCUAAGUCUGCUGUUUACCAAAUCAUCAUUGACUUCUAGUCUAAGUCUGCUGUUUACCAAAUCAUCAUUGACUUCUAUUCCAAGUCUGCUGUUUACCAAAUCAUCAUUGACUUCUAGUCCAAGUCUGCUGUUUACCAAAUCAGCAUUGACUUCAAGUUUAGUCUGGUGUUUACCAAAUCAAUGUCACUACAGUAUUCUUUUUAUGUUAAUCUAGUCAUUCUAAUAUACAUUCUACCCAUCUUCCUAUUGUUUGUCAGGUGACAAGGUUGAGGUCACUGUUACUAUUUUUAUAUUCAAUUUAUAUCAAAUGUUACUUAGUUUUCAAUGAAACUUGGUAUAAGAGAGAUGUAUGCAAGAUGUUAAAUAUGAAAUACUCCUUUUCAUUUCAAGUUAUUUGUUCCAAUAUUUUUCCUAAGACACAUGCAGUUAGAUGUUUUAAGCCUUUAGCUUUAAGUUUUAAUUGACUGAGCUGUUCAGUUUUAUUUACUUUUUAUGAUUACAGUUUGGUUAGUGUUCAAAUGAAGGAAAUGUUUGAAUUUGAUUGAUUGUUAUUUGUUAAUAAAAUUUGAA